AUGGAGAAAAAUUCACAUUUAGUAGUUUCAAGCCCUAAUAUUAAAUAUACCGAUGAUUAUAUCUUGUCGGAUUAUGUGUAUGAAGAAACCCUGGUUACUCAAAAAGUCAAUGAAAUUGUGGCUAAACCAUAUAAGAAAUCAAUUAGUAUUCAAACAGAGAGGAAGGUGGGAAAAGUAGGCAUAAUGUUGAUAGGGUGGGGUGGAAAUAAUGGCUCGACCUUCACCGCAGCAGUCCUUGCCAACCGACACCAGCUGUCUUGGAACACUAAGAAUGGUGUGCAGGAUUGCAACUGGUUCGGUUCCAUAACACAAGCGUCCACCGUGAGACUGGGCAUAGAUGAGAAAGGUAACGACGUGUACGUGCCAAUGUCUCAGCUGCUGCCCAUGGUGCACCCAGAUGACUUGGUGAUCGACGGGUGGGAUAUCAGUCCGCUCAACUUGGCUGAAUCGAUGGUGCGGGCAAAAGUGAUCGACUUCGAUCUCCAACAGAAGCUCAAGAAGGAGAUGGCUACUAUGAAACCUCGCCCCGCCGUAUAUGACCCGGACUUCAUUGCGGCCAAUCAGGCGGAUCGAGCGACUAACUUGAUCCGGGGCACGAAGCAGGAGCAGUACUUACAGAUACGAGCCGAUAUCAAGAGCUUCAAGGAUAAGAAUAAAUUGGACAAAGUUUUCGUGCUGUGGACAGCUAACACGGAGAGGUUCUGUGACAUCCGCGCUGGUGUCCACGAUACAUCUGAGAACCUGGAGAAGGCACUACGUAAUAAUGAGCCUGAAAUAUCGCCUUCGACAAUCUUCGCGCUCGCCGCUAUCGACGAGGGUUGUUGCUACAUAAAUGGUUCGCCGCAAAAUACGAUUGUGCCGGGCGUGUUGGAGCGGGCGGAGUCGCGGGGCGUGUUCGUAGCGGGCGACGACUUCAAGUCCGGCCAGACCAAGCUCAAGUCUGUGCUGGUAGACUUUUUAGUCUCCGCCGGUCUAAAGCCAGUAUCCAUUGUGAGUUACAAUCAUCUGGGCAAUAAUGACGGCAAGAAUCUAUCAGCGCCUCAACAGUUCAGAUCUAAAGAGAUAACAAAGAGUAAUGUGGUAGACGACAUGGUGGAGUCAAACCAGAUCCUGUACAAGCCUGGGGAGAAGCCUGACCACGUGGUUGUUAUCAAGUACGUGCCGUAUGUCGGCGACUCUAAGCGCGCGAUGGACGAGUACACGUCAGAGAUCCUGCUGCACGGCACCAACACUAUAGUGGUGCACAACACGUGCGAGGACUCGUUACUCGCCGUCCCGCUCAUACUCGACCUGCUCGUGCUCGCUGAACUCUUCACACGCGUCCGGUACAGAUCCGAUCAACACGGCGAUUGGCAGUCAAUGCACGCUGUGCUGUCAGUACUGUCGUACUUGCUGAAGGCGCCGCUUGUACCCGCGUCAGCGCCAAUAGUUAACGCCCUCUUCAAACAACGAGCCGCCAUAGAAAACAUCAUGCGCGCCUGUCUCUCUCUACCGCCCACACAUUACAUGCAACUAGAACACAAGAUUCCAUUCCUAAUGACGGAACUGCGUUCAGGAGCAAUGUUCGCGGGUAACACGCCGCCCAUCAAGAAAGCGAAACUGACGCACGAAAAUGGCGACAAGUAA